GGUAUGUGUUUGCAGCUCUCUACUGAAAAGCUCUCUGUCAGUGUCCUCCGUCAUCGACCAGCAGGGAAGUGAUGUCAGACACAUUGAGCCGAUCACUGAACGGGAUCCUAACAGAGCAGAGACAGCAAGAGGAAGAGGAGCUGAGCCCUGAUCAUCACCUCCUUAAAAUCCAUCUUCAUCCGUGGAGAAUUAAAGCGUAUCCUUCUCAAAAACGGCGAGAGCAUAAAGUACACCCUUCAAGCUUUCCAACGAGCAGCGUAUUGGCGCAGUAUGUGGUUGUUAGUAUUUUAAAACAAGUGGUGAAAGAUUGUGAGAGCUGACUUCAUCCGGAGACGACGUACAGAAGACAAAAUUCAUCGCUCGAAGAGGCUUUAAUGCGCCGGAUUACUAGCCUGUCCUGCUUUUAAACAGAUUUAGGAUUCAACCUGAACAUUUUUGGAUAUUUUGGAGCUAGCGAGCCUGCUUGCUAGCCGACCACAGAUUGAUCAUGGAGUUGAGAGUGGGAAACCGAUAUAGACUGGGGAGGAAAAUUGGCAGUGGAUCUUUUGGAGACAUCUACCUGGGUACUGAUAUCUCAGUUGGAGAGGAGGUAGCUAUCAAGUUGGAAUGUGUGAAGACCAAACACCCACAGCUCCACAUAGAGAGCAAAAUCUACAAGAUGAUGCAGGGUGGAGUGGGUAUUCCAACGAUAAAGUGGUGUGGGGCCGAGGGCGACUACAAUGUGAUGGUGAUGGAGUUGUUGGGGCCCAGUCUGGAGGAUCUGUUCAACUUCUGCUCUCGGAAGUUCAGCCUGAAGACAGUCCUGCUGCUGGCUGACCAGAUGAUCAGCCGCAUUGAAUACAUCCACUCCAAGAACUUCAUCCACAGAGAUGUGAAGCCAGACAAUUUCCUGAUGGGACUGGGCAAGAAGGGCAACCUGGUCUACAUCAUCGACUUCGGCCUGGCCAAGAAAUACCGUGAUGCCCGCACGCAUCAGCACAUCCCCUACCGCGAGAACAAGAACCUGACUGGCACAGCCCGCUACGCCUCCAUAAACACACAUCUGGGCAUUGAACAGUCCAGGCGGGACGACUUGGAGUCACUGGGGUACGUCCUCAUGUAUUUCAACCUGGGCUCUCUUCCCUGGCAAGGCCUCAAAGCCGCCACCAAGAGGCAGAAGUAUGAGCGCAUCAGUGAGAAGAAAAUGUCCACUCCCAUUGAAGUGCUCUGCAAAGGCUACCCAUCGGAGUUUGCCACCUACCUGAAUUUCUGCCGCUCUCUGCGAUUCGAUGACAAGCCCGACUACUCGUACCUCCGCCAGCUCUUCAGGAACCUCUUCCACAGACAGGGCUUCUCUUACGACUAUGUCUUCGACUGGAACAUGCUCAAAUUUGGUGCCAACAGAGCCGUGGAGGAUGCAGAGAGGGAGCGUCGGGAGCGGGAGGAGAGGCUGAGACACAGCAGGAACCCAGGGGCCAGGGGCAUGGCCUCAGCCUCAGGAAGAGCCAGGGCAGCUCAGGACGUGGCGGCCCCCUCACCACUCAACCCCGCCGCACACACAGGUUUAGAGAAGGAGAGGAAGGUGAGCAUGCGUCUUCAUCGUGGGGCACCUGUCAACAUCUCCUCCUCAGACCUGACGGGGCGCCAGGAUACGUCUCGCAUGUCCACCUCACAGGCUCUGUCCCGGGUCACACCUAGCGGCCUCCAGUCUGCAGCACCACGGUGAAACUCUACCACCCACCUGUGCACCAUGGAGGCCUCAACAUGCACCACCUGCAACAUAUACACACACACACACGCACACACACUCACACACAUAUGCAUGCACAAACACACACAUGCGACUCUUAAUUGACACAGAGGACUACCAACCAUUGCACAAGAGUCUGGCUGCACUCUUGUUCACUCGACAGAGGAAGAAGUGCACCACCAAGAGUGUGUGUGUUUGUGUGUGAGAGAGAUGGCAGGUGGAGUAAAGUCUGGUUGUCUUCACCACCUUGGCAAAGUAGCAGCCUCAGCCUCCCUUCUUGUCACAAGGAAGAUGUGGAAACACUCCCUUCCUCCUCCUUACUGUUGAUGAAGCCAUGGAUUCACAUUUCUCUGGCAUAUUAUUUUUUUUUUUUUUGUAAUUAACUUUGAUUUUACUUUUUGUUCUUUUAGCAUUAAAACAUCGAUUACACCAGCUCCACUGGUCAGACUUCUCAAGGGUUUGGAAAUAGAGAAUGACAAGUCUGUUAGCUGUUGAAAGUAGUGUGCAGGACUUUUUUUUAAUUAUGGAAGCAGGAAGACACGCGAUCCAUCUUGGCAGUGUGAAAGGACAGUGCCUAAACUCUGUUUUGUGUCCUGAGAGGGUCCUUAAAUCCCUUUUUGUAGGUGUUUUAGGUUAAAUGUAAAAUAGGUAGGGGGAUUACCCCCUUGUUUUAAAAAUGGGACAAGGGGUUUUGAUGUUCUAUUUUUAAAGGUGAUCCCAUAGUAUGAGUUUGGGUUCCCUUUCUUCUUUUCCUUUCUAUUGGUCCUCCUCAGGUGUGUGAACCAGGACGUACAUCCAAAAACACGCAGCACAUUCUCUUUCUGUCUUCAGGUUGUGACUGCAGUGUGCUGCUUGGGAAAGCUGUGAAUGAAACAGGAGGUCGAUCUGUCCACAUUGAAUGGAUGAGUUUUGUUUUUUUUUUUCUCGUUUUUUUUGUUGUUGUUUUUUUAACCCGGUGCAUAGUGAUGUGGUUUUGUGUGUGUGUUUGUGUGGUUCUGUCGUAGGCCUAUGCAGGCUCAAAUGGGUGGGGUCGAACAUCGUUUAGGUUUUUAUCUCCUUUGUCUCCCAAACCUCACUCCAGACCAUUCAAGCGUCUGCUUCCAGUUUGGGCCAAUAUAAAGUUUGCUUUUUUCCAAGCGUACCUUUGGCCAUUUUCUAUUUAGACCUUGAAUGCUCAUUUACUGUCUUACACUUGUAACUCGCCUAGGAUGUGCCGCUCCAGCACUAUCCCAGUAGGUAACGCAAUGAAAAUCAACCUUACAGGUGCUUACGCAAUGUCCUGUCAAAUGUAAUGAAACCACUCAGAGUUGCGUUUUCCCCAUCUGACAAAGUUAAACUCUACAAUGGACUCUUAAUAAUGGUUAUAUUUGUCCAUUUGCAGGAUUAUAUUUGAGCAAUGCAUCCCUGUUAGCAAGACAAACGGCACAGUACACUGUUACUUCCAACUUCAGCACAUUGUAGUUCAUAAAAUACUGAGAAUGUGCCAUGACACAACUUUUUGGUACAUGAUUGUUAACAAUUAAACUAUGAACUUUAGUAAAGCCAGUCAGUUUAGAUGAGAUGUCUUGGCUGUCUGAAACUCAAAUGUAUUUUAUAUUUACACAGCGUAGAGCUGGGUGAUGUUCACAGUGUGAUAUGUUGAUGGAUGAUGACAGUAGCACUGUUAACAGGCCCAGCCCUAAUCAGUUGAGGAGAUUAUUACUAAGCUUGUCAGAGUAGUUGUAGACCGUCAUCUGUUGCUCUGGAAAACCUUAAAGAAAAUGUUUUGAUUUGCGUCUUUGGAAAUGUAGGAUCCAGCGUUUCUGGAGCUCCCCUUCUGAAAACAGAGGAUCCAGUCUAAGCCUCUGUUGCCUACAGUUUGACCACUGAUCUUUGACAUUUUUAAACGACAGGACAUCCAAACAUCAGCAGACUAACCAGUUUAGGACAUUACCAUCAGGUAUUCAGGUGAGCGUUGUGAGAGUCCAGAUAGAAAAUGGACCGGUGUGCUUUUAACAUCAGGAUUUAAUGCAAGUGAGGAGGUUUUGGAGAGCUCUGGAUGGAGCGUGCUCCUAAGACACAAGAUCUCAGCUGAGUCCCAACAGGACGGUACUGGAGCUGCUCACUCAGCGUGGCUUUCAGCGAGGAGACUGGGUCCGAGCAGUCGGCCCAGCUGACUGAUGAAUCCUGCAGAUUUUGAACUAGAAAAUUGUCUAUGUGGUAGACUGGUUAUGAGGUAUUGUAGGCCAUAUUCUGUAGAUAAAGAGGGGUAGGGGUUGUAGUGGUAAUUUGUACAUGUCUGUUCUGUUGUUGUGUAUAGGAUGUGCCUGCUCUGUCUGCCACAUGCGCAGGAGCCGCUGUACGGUUUCGGGUGAUGAAGACAGUGUAUGAAGGGACUGGAAUUGCCUCACUUCAUUAGACUUCCUGCUAAGACAGUUGUUUGGUUUUUUUUGUUUUGUUUUUUUUAAUGAAAUAAACUUCACCUGUGGGCUUGAAAAAUACAAAAAAAAAAAAGUGAUGGAUUAACUUGUUUGUCUCACUGAUGAUGGCUAUGAUAAAUGCAAGUACACUUUACAUGGGAGAAUAGUUUCAGUGUGUCACGUCUGCUUUUCUCAGUUAUUUCUUGUUUUGUCACCUCUUGUCAGGUUUGGCUUUUAACUGCAGUGGAGAUGCUCGCUCAUGUCCCACAAUGCAUCUCUUACUGUGGAUUCAUGGGAAGUCUGUCUUUUCCACUCCUACCUUAAGACUAUUGCUCCUCAUUUGUAAUGCCACUGUAUUUGUGUAUUUUAAAAUUGUGUAAAUAAAUUAAUAAGUACUUGUA